AUGCAGACUGUUCUCGCCUCGUUGGCCGUCGCCGUCUCCGUGGCCGCCGCUGUUCCUCAGCAGCUGGCUGCCCGUGAUGACGGCCCAACCCCCAUCACCGUCAAGGGAAAUGCCUUCUUCCAGGGCGACGAACGCUUCUAUGUCCGUGGUGUCGACUACCAGCCCGGCGGCUCGUCCAAGCUUGUUGACCCGCUCGCUGAGCCCACCACCUGCAAGCGAGACAUCAAGAAGUUCACCGACCUCGGUCUCAACACUGUCCGUGUCUACUCGGUCGACAACACUGCCGACCACGACGAAUGUAUGAAUGCUCUGGCAGACGCCAACAUCUACGUCGUCCUGGAUGUCAACACCCCCAAGUACUCCUUGAACCGUGCCGACCCCGAGGUGUCCUACAACGACGUCUACCUGCAAAACGUCUUUUCCACGGUCGAGAUGUUCGCCCAGUAUCCCAACACCUUGGCCUUCUUUUCCGGAAACGAGGUCAUCAACGACGGCCCCUCGUCCAAAGCUGCCCCGUACGUCAAGGCUGUCACCCGUGACAUUCGCCAGUUCCUCCGCUCUCGCAAGCUGCGUACCGUCCCUGUUGGCUACUCGGCCGCUGAUAUCGACACCAACCGUCUCCAAAUGGCCGAGUACAUGAACUGCGGUACCGACGACGAACGCAGUGACUUCUUUGCCUUUAACGACUAUUCUUGGUGCGAUCCUUCCUCCUUCACCAUCUCGGGCUGGGACGAAAAGGUGAAGAACUUUACCGGCUAUGGUCUUCCUCUCUUCCUUUCCGAGUACGGCUGCAACACGAACAAGCGCCAGUUCCAGGAAGUCAGUUCUCUGUACGAUACCAAGAUGACUCCCGUGUAUUCUGGUGGCCUGGUCUAUGAGUACUCCGAGGAAGGCAGCAACUACGGUCUUGUCAAGAUCAGCGGCGACGAUGUCACCGAAAAGCCCGAUUACACCGAACUGAAGAACGCCCUGAAGAAGACCGCUCCCCCCAAGGGUGACGGCAACUACAACUCGACCGGUGGCGCCAGCGGUUGCCCAGCUUCUAGCCCUCCCAACUGGGAUGUCUCCGAAGAUGCUCUCCCCGAGAUCCCAGCCCCUGCUAAGAAGUUCAUGACCGAGGGUGCCGGCAAGGGCCCCGGCUUUCUCGGCUCGGGCAGCCAGAACAAGGGCACUCAGUCCACCGCCACCGCCAGUGCUGGCUCUGGCUCUGUCUCCGGCUCGUCAGAAACGUCGUCUUCGUCCCCGUCCAGCUCGACGGGCGCUGCAGCCAGUGUCCGUGCUCCGGAAAUGAGCUUUGUUCCCUUGAUGGGCAGCGUCGCCGUUGCGCUGUCGACUUUGUUGGGAGCCUCGUUAGUCUUGUUGUAA